AUAGGAUGUACAUUUUUUAAAAAUGGAAAUACUAUUUUAUAUUUUCACUUUUGCGCUUAGUUAUGUGUCUGGUGAAAUAAGAGACAGUCGAAUUGUUAACAGGUUAAUAAAAAUCAAACCAGUAGGAGCCAACGUAGGCAAAACAUUCGUACCGCUGACUGAAAUUCCACCACCAGAUAAUCCUCACAUCCACUCUGGUAGAAGGCAUUUAGAAGAUUGUGUACCGAAACCGGAGGGACGUGAUGUGUACGAAGGCGCAAAAAUCGACAUAUUUGCUGAAUAUUACGACGACAAAGUGGCAAAAACUGUGGCAACAGUUGUCAUUCCUGACCACAUUGAUCGGAAACAUUUUGAAGUAACUUCUCCCGUUCCUUAUCUAACUGUGGGACAUAUCGAUGCGAUUGGCUACCACCCGAGUACAAUAAAGAGCGAACAUCCGAGCGAAUGUGAAAAAAUAUACCAAGACCAUCUCGCCGAGCAAUAUUCUGACGAAACUACAGACUACUCCGAGGAAUCAUUAGAAAUGGCCAGAAUGCCUCUAUUUCCCCAAGGCGUCCCCCCUUCUGCAGAAGAGCGGUUUGAUAAAAUGUAUAGCGACAUUGAUGUGUGACUUUAAUGCAUUUUUUAUACUUUCAUAUUCGAAUAUACUUUUAUACAAAA